AAUGUCACAUUGUAAUAAGUGUUGUUAGAAUAAUUCUCGGGGAGGGAAGUGAACGCUUCCUGAUGUGUGACGGUGUAAAUGUCUCUUCUCUCUAUAAUGUGCAUAGAAGGGGCUGAGAUAUAUUCUGCCACCUCUAGGUGUGACAUGUGGUUGUCCUGUGGACUCGUCCCCCAGAAAUGACCCAACCACAUGAUCAUUUCCUCCCUAUACAUCCUCUAUCUGUGUCAUUUGCUGCAUGAGAGCCCCAUUCACCAUGAGAUCCCAGACCGCUCUACUCCUGCUCUGUGUCCUCAUCAAAGCCUCAUCUGCCGAUUCCCAGGACUUAUACGCUGCUGUCGGAGAGAAGAUGGUGAUCCCUCUGGAGACGAGGCAAGAUAGUACGAGUGGACAUUUCUGUAAUAAAUAUAUAUGGAGAUAUCGGCCAUCCGCCGAUCAAUAUCUGCAGCACAUCGCAGGGGUGAGCGAUAUCUGCCAGAAGACGGACUGCAAGAGGUCUGACUGUUCCCUGUCCAGUAACGGGAGUCUGAUUCUCCAUCGUGUCACCCACCGGGACUCCGGACUCUAUACCAUCAUCACUUACCAUCUGAAUAAUAAUAGAAAUACUGAGAAACAAUAUCAGCUCCACGUAUUAGAUGUUGUAUCGGAUCCUGUUGUGAAGCUCCAAUGUCUCUCCAAUGUCAGUCUUUUGGUCACAUGUGCUGUGGAGAAAGGGACAAAACCCCAAAUCCUUCUGACCAUCAAUAGAGAAGAGUUUGGGGAGUCUGAAAUGGGUCUUAUCAACGUGACAACGUCAUCACCUCCUCCCUGGAACAUUAGCUGCUCUGCAAACAACAAGGCCAGCCAGAAGAUGACCAAUGUCUUCCCCAAGUCCUGUCAAGACGCUCUCUUGGACCCAGGUCUGGAGUUUUCCUGCCAUGUGAAUGGUUCUGUGACCAUCUCCUGUGUGGUGGAGUCGGGGGCAGACGCUUUGUACUCCUGGACUGUAGGUGGGCAGCCCCUGCAGAGCGACACCAACUCUUCAUGGCAGGUCAGAGGGAAUCACAUCACAGGGGACGCCAACUCUCCACGGAACGUCAGCUGCUUGGCCCGGAAUGUCUUCGAUCAGGUGUGGACUCCCCAGCAGGUGGUUCACUGCCCAGAUCCAGAGAAGAAGUUGGGAGUCGCUAAGCUCUGUGUGAAGGUGGUUCUCUGUGUCAUGUACAAUUCCCUGCUGGUACAUAGCCUAUGGGAGAUAAGGAAGAUAAGGAAGGCCAAUCAGUGAAGACUCAACACAGCGUAUGGGAGAUAAGGAAGGUGGCUGCAGCCAAUCAGUGAAGACUCAGCAUAUUCUGUGCGCCAUCUCUCUCCAUCCCGCCACCAUACGCCAUGGCAUCCCUCUUCCCUGCAUCAUGUGCCAAGCCUGGAGACACUUUACUUCCGAGUUAUUCCAUGUACCAUUGUGAUUUGUAUACAGGGAAGCCAUCACACAUUUUGGGGCCCCUUACACAGCUUUAGGCAGGGCCCCUCUGGA